AACACCGGAAACAUGUUCCCAUAAUGUAAUAAGGGAAGCCCACACGGUUUCCCGUCACAGCGCAGCCCUGCUACACACUGCUCACUAGGUUUUCAUCCAGGAGAGGAGAUCGUAAACUGGAUUCCGAGAAGGAUAACACGAGUUUCACGCUCAGCAGAGACAGAAACUAAGAAGAUCCCAUUUGUUUACCCCUGGAGAAUUAUUUUCCACCAUCCGUUUAUCGUUUUCCAAUAUUUUGAAGCACUAACUCCGCCAUAAUCACCCCACCACGCCCGGAGCUCUGCCACCAGGGUGAAGUGUUACCCAGGAAUAAUGACUCUGAGCUCUGUGGGAGCUUGCUGCCUCAGCCCGGAGGCUAAAGAAGCUCGCAGGAUCAACGAUGAGAUUGAGAGGCAACUCCGGAGGGACAAAAAGGAUUCCCGACGGGAAUAUAAACUCCUUCUGCUGGGAACUGGUGAAAGUGGAAAGAGCACUUUCAUUAAACAGAUGAGGAUCAUCCAUGGCUGUGGAUACUCCGACGAGGACAAGCGAGGUUUCACCAGACUCGUCUACCAGAACAUCUUCACUGCCAUGCAGGCCAUGAUCCAGGCCAUGAACUCAUUACAGAUCCCCUACAAGUAUGAAAACAACAAGGCCAACGCCAUUAUGGUCAGUAGGGUGGAUGUGGAAAGAGUCACAUCUUUAUCAAAUGCUUAUGUUGAUGCCUUGAAAAGCCUGUGGAACGACCUGGGGAUUCAGGAAUGUUACAGUCGAAAGAGGGAAUACCAGCUCUCAGACUCAGCCAAAUACUACCUGAAUGACUUGGACCGAAUUGCUGAUGCUGCUUAUCUGCCAACCCAGCAAGACAUCCUGAGGGUCAGGGUGCCUACAACUGGUAUUAUAGAGUACCCCUUUGACCUGGAAAGUGUGGUGUUCAGGAUGGUGGACGUGGGUGGCCAGCGUUCUGAGAGGAGGAAGUGGAUCCACUGUUUUGAGAAAGUGACCUCGAUCAUGUUUUUGGUGGCACUUAGCGAGUAUGAUCAAGUCCUUGUUGAGUCUGACAGUGAGAAUCGAAUGGAGGAAAGCAUGGCCUUGUUUAAGACAAUCAUAACCUACAAAUGGUUCAAAGACUCCUCAAUCAUCUUGUUCCUCAACAAGAUAGACCUGCUGGAGGAAAAAAUCAUGCACUCACAUUUGGUCGACUACUUCCCUGAGUACAACGGUCCCCAGCGGGACGUCCAAGCAGGAAAAGAAUUCAUCUUGGACAUGUUUGUCAGUCUCAAUCCAAACGAGGACAAAAUUAUCUACUCCCACUUCACGUGUGCCACAGACACGGACAACAUUCGAUUUGUCUUCCGCGCGGUGAAGCACCACAUCUUGCAGGGCAACCUGGAGGACCACAACUUGGUUUAAAAAUGCUGGUGUUGCCGCUGUAAUUUAAUCGGCUCUGUGCAGCUGGCAGUCAGGAAGGGCUCUGCAGUGGCUCAGUUUGCUGCUGCUCUACACUAUAAUCCAAAACAGGAAAUUGAGAAGCUUCAGAGCUUGUCAUCAAAUGACCGUACUACUGAUGCAUUUCAAAUUUUCGUGUUAGACUCUUUGAAAAUGGAUGUCUCUGGCUAUUACGAAGUGUGACCUGCCAAUUAAAGUGCUGCCUUGCCGAGGAGGCUAAUAUAGCACUCACUCUGAAAUUAUGGAGCGCUUUGUGGUCAUUCUGAGCUGUAACAGUGUAAAUGCACAGACGGAUUAAGAGGGAGAAAAGUAUUUUAGUGGCCUCACAGGCCUUUGAGGAAUUGCGAUGUGCUAGAUCUCCCCUUCAGGGAAAGUGUGGAGUGAAUGUUGACUAACUGCACUGCAGCACCUCGCAUCACUAAACCAACUUAGUCUUAUCUUUUAAAGUUAACAACUGUUUGAAAUGCUUAGUUUUCAUCUUAACUGAAAGGGAACAAAUAAUAAUUAACACUAAUGACAUAUAUAGUGAAACACUCUACGAUUUGUAGUAUUGUUACUUUAUGUCGAGAUAAUUGGAUCCUUUCUUUAACCUUGUUUCACUUGUGGCUUAAAGAAACACUUUUUUGUGGCCAUGUCAUUAAUACAUUUUGACCCAUUUCUUUAAAAGAAAAGUCAUAUUUAGUGUUUUCAACUCUUGACUCAAAGCUGUACAGUAGAAUUACAUACCCUCUCAGUUCAGGGACUUUACAAUCUGAUUUUUAAGCAGUUUUCUUAACUCAAAAAUCAUGUGCUAAAAGACCUCUAAGCUUAUUUUUUAUACAUUGUGUAUACAUUACAUGGUAGAGUAAUCUGCUGUGGUUAUUUGUCUUUUUUAUUUGCAUGAAGGCCAGUGCUAAAUGGUCACCUGUUAAAGAGGAAGCUAUUAAAUAUGGAUCUCUAAGGGAUUAAAUCAGUGCAUUCGUGCUUCUAAAUUAUGCUGAUCAAGGGUAUCACAUGCACAAAGAAAAAAAGAUAAUGAAGGCAAAGCUGCCGUGCUAAUGUUUGCACAACGCUUUUUCUCUUGUAAAAUUAAUUGCACUCUAAUUUGUACUAUUUAAUUUAUGGGUACUUUUAGUGUUGUUGCAGUAUCUUAAUGCUGUCUUAAUGUUUUUAAAUGUGAUUGGAUAAAUAAAUUGUUUGCUCGUU